AUGGCAAAAGAUCAAGCAGAAUUAAAACGAGAAUUACAAGAACUUAUUAAAAAACGAAAAGACACAGCUGAAGCUUUGGAGCUUUUGGAAACACAAAUUCAUAAUUUUGAAGGUUCUUAUUUGAAUGACACAAUGGAAUAUGGAAAUGUUAUAAAAGGUUAGGAUUUUAUUUUCGAAAUCUCUGAAUUUCCUCAUUUCAAUGUUCAGGUUGGUCUUCAUUUUCAAAUGCAGCUCCACCUUCAAAAAUUGGAAGAAUCGAAAAGAAAAGUGGAAAAAAGAUACGGUAGGUAUUUAGAAAACAUUUUUCUUUCAUAAAACGAUUUGUUCAGAGACGAAGAUCGAUUAUUUUCAAAAUCAUCAAUGACUUCUCCAAUUUAUAAGAAAACAUCAGAAUCAACGAGUUUGAGCAAUCAAGAAACAAGUUCAACAAAUACAGAUUCAACGCCUUCUUAUAGUUUACAAAAUCAUUUUAUAAAAGAGGAAAAUUCUGAAAAAGAUGAUGAUGAUGUAAGUUUUUGAAGGGGAAAACAUUUAUCACAAUUUAUCACAACAAGAAAAACUUGGUAUGAAUUUUCGAACGAAAAUUCACGUUUUUUAACCGGGUUUUGUUUCCUUGUAAUAUUACUUUCUUUCUUCAGGUUUCUGUUUCAAGCGAAUCAAGGAAUGCUGCAAAACGAAGGAAACUUUGA